AUGAGAGCUUUUGCCAGGGUGACCAGAGUUGCGCCAAGAUCGAUUGCCACCGGCCGCGUGGUCUGCAGGCCUCUAGCGACCCCCGGUGCCGGCAGAACGGUGGGUUUGCGAUUUUACUCUGAUGAGCUGAAGAAGGAGCCUGAAGCCGGAACUGAGGAAGUCAGGAAGCCUGAAGGGGAGAAGCUCACGGAGGAGCAGAAAAAGAUCAAAGAGUUGGAGAGCCAGGUCGAGAAGAAAACCAAAGAGGCUGCUGAGCUAAAAGACAGACUACUGAGAUCGGUUGCCGACUUUAGAAACCUGCAGGAAGUCACCAAGAAGGAUAUCCAGAAAGCGAAGGACUUUGCCUUGCAGAGAUUCGCCAAAGACCUACUGGAGUCGGUCGACAACUUCGGACACGCGCUAAGUGCGUUCAAGGAGCCGGAUUCCGCCAAGAACCAGGAGAUCAGCGACCUCUACACCGGUGUCAGAAUGACCAGGGACGUCUUCGAAAAGACUCUGAAAAAGCACGGUAUCGAGAAACUCGAUCCCAUCGGCGAACAGUUCGACCCCAACAAGCACGAGGCGACCUUCGAGCUCCCACAACCUGACAAGGAACCGGGGACCGUGUUCCACGUCCAGCAGGUCGGCUUCACCCUCAACGACAGAGUCAUCAGGCCCGCCAAGGUCGGCAUCGUCAAGUCCCCAGAGUGA